UAGAGAAAUUUUUGACAUGAUGAUAAGCCAGGGUUGCGCACCUACUGUUGUUACUUACAACAUCUUGAUUCAUUGUUACUGUAGGAGAAAAAGGAUAGGUGAAGCAAUGCGGCUUCUUGAUGAAAUGCCUUGCAAAGGCUUGAGUCCUGACCAGGUCACUUAUAAUACUCUUAUAUGUGGCUUGUGUAAAGAAAAGAGCCCUUGGGCUGCACAUAAGUUUUUCAAGGAAUUGUGUGCCAGUGGCUAUUCUCCCAACGUGGUGGGGUACUCGGUUUUGAUAGAUGGCUUUUGUAAGCAUAGCUGUCUUGAUAUGGCAUUGGAUCUAUUUCACGAAAUGCAAAAGAACUUGUUGAAGCCUAACCUUAUUAUUUAUAAUACCCUAAUUAAUGGUAUGUUCAAGGCUGGAAAGGUUAAAGACGCAAAGGAACUGUUUUCUAGACUUCCCAUAGAAGGGUUGUAUCCUGAUGUUUGCACAUACAAUACAAUCGUCAAUGGACUUUGUACAGAAGGAUUAUUAGAUGAAGCAUUAAAGGUGUUCAGGAAAAUGGAAGUGAAUGGUUGCUUGCCAAACAGUUGCUCUUAUAACGUGAUUAUCCAAGGAUAUCUCCGACACAAUGAUGUGUCCAUGGCAAAACAACUUAUUGACGAAAUGGUUGGCAAGGGGUUUUCUGCUGAUGCCACUACCGUGGAGUUGGUAGUAAACAAUGAUCUGCUUGUGAAAAAGCUACUAAGCUGCUCUACAAGUUCUCAAGGUUUAAAGUUAAAGUGAGAUUUUAAAAUGGAAUAAUUGUUGUGCAGUCACAGGAGCACAGAAUGUGACAUCUGUUGAUAUGUCGUUCGGGAACGGUUAAUGGGUAUUGCAUUUGAUAGUAUCAGCAAGUCCUUCCAACCAAAACUAUAAUUAGGAACAACAAACAGAUUCUCCAAGUGUUGAUACUUUGCAGAAUCUUGCACCUACAGAUUCUACUUGGGAGGAUGUCUUCUUCAUGUUUCCGGAUUUCCAUCUUGAGGACAAGAUUAAUCUCAAUGAGGUUUAAAUAUGAGUUGUAAACCCUAAUUUAGUUGUUUAAUGAAUUAAAAAGAGUAUUAUCUCCC